AUGUUUAUGCGCAAGGUCAGUGUUGUUGCAAGUCGAUUGCCUAUAAUUUAUUUACCAUUUCCCAUGCAGCCAAGUCGUUCAACACAUCGAACACGCUGGCGGACUCGUCGAUUUUGGCGAUUGUUUCAUCGACAGAAGCCGGCAAGCAUCGAUAUUACCUACACUUACGAAAAUCUACUACGUUUUCCGCGACUGCCGAUUACUGUCCCACCACUUGUUCCGACGUUAAUGUCUUAUCGAUGGAACGAUGAAGAUGACUGUGAACCUGUGCCUAAGAAACCUCCACGUGAUGCACAUUAUCAACAGCAUUUCCGUCGACGUUUACCAAAGCGUUAUAGUGAUAUCGUUGGACCGACGACGACGAAAGUGAACCCUCCACGAAGAGAAUUCACAUUUAAAGAGAAAGAAUCGACGGAUGCUGCUGCUGCUGUACUUUCUCCACGUAAUCAUCGACAGUUGUCCAGUAAGCCAAAUAAAACCGAAGAUAUUUAUACUGUUAAUGCGCCGAAUAAAAAGACAAACGAAACUGUUUCAUCGGUUCCGCGGACGGAAAAAUACGAACGAUCGAAUCCAGCCCGUCGGUAUAAUAGUAAAAACAAGCGUUUAGCCAGCACAAAUGCAGUCGAUCUUCUAGCACAUCGCAUGCAAGCAGCAAUGAGUGCAGAACUGAUGCAUUCACUUGAUCGAAAUUUUGUUUUUGGCGACAAGAAACAAACCGCUAGUUAUCUUCAUAUGAACCGCUCCUAUUCUUUCAAUAUUUCGACACCGCCACCAAGUGCGUGGUGGCAAAAAUCUAUUCAUAUGGACCAUCAUUACUAUAUGAUUCCACGCGUGAAAACAUAUCUUGACGAUGAACAAAAAUCCAUUGAAACGAUCCAAUCCCUCGAUGAACCUACACCCGACUACGAAGAAGAAAUUGUCAUUCAGGAAAAUCAAAAUGAUCAAACUGACGAAGAACCUGCUGCAGAUUACGAAGAUUCAACAGUGACACCAGCGUCCGACCACACGGAAUCGCCCGUUGGUCAGUCAGCAGCGUAUGAUCUGGGUGUGUCAUCAUCGUUUGUUCUUCCACAAAACUCCCUCACUCCAAGCAGCGAGGCGUGUACGCAAGACGAAUCAUCAGUACCACCAACUCCUCCUCCACUUCCAAGUGCAAUAUUCGAACAAAAGAAUAUCACAUUCCGUUGCCGUACCAUUGCAGAUACAAUCAGUGCCGAUCAUAAAUUGAUAUUAAAAGAUGAAACGGAGAUCCGGAUAAAAGCUAAAGAAGAAAAACAAACAGUUUCUAAAUUACAGACACCCCCUGUAAAAAAAUCACCUCCGAUUUCUCUUGUUACAUCGAAACCAUGUUAUUUACAUCUUUCCAAAGAAAUCCUACAAAAGACAACAUUACGUAAAGUUUCUCAACCCGUCUCCCGUUCGUAUUCAACCUAUGGGUCGAUGUCUCAUUUAAAUGAACAUGACACUGAGUCAACAACAUUACGCGGUCGUCACACUGUUACCAACGAUGAUCAAGCCAUCGAUGGUUUAUCAUCAUCAGCCACAACAUCGAUUGUGAUUGAAAAUGAAUAUGAACAUCGAACUUCGUCAAAAAUCUACAAUGACUAUAAACGACGCGCAUCUUCUAUAAAUAUUUCAACAACGAAAAGUUUCAAUGGCACUUACAAUCACGCCUCUCACAUUCACCCAAUUCAUACCCAUAUCGGUUUACGUUCGUCGACUUCAUCAUCAUCUACCAUUGAUAAAACAUCUGAUCUGAAUCUCUCGAAUAAGCAAAUGGAUGUCGGUAUCAUUAAUCAAUUGAAUGAACAUCUAUCCGUUCGUUUUCGUAAGCAACAACAAGAAAUAUGUUCACGAAAAAGUACACAUACAAUUCUCGAAGAUUCAACGAAUCAAUUGAUCGAUAAUGCUACCAACGAUACUCAAAAUCACUAUGAUGAACCUCAUCUCACAGAAGUUACACAGAUAACACCCAUUCGCUGUUCAGGAACAUCAACAACGUCAAUUCCACCACCACCACCACCAUUGCCUGUGGGUGGCUUCCGAUCAGUUGUCUCACAAUCGAACCGUCCAUUCAGUUCUCAAAGAACAUCAAUCACGACGUUAGCACGCGAACCCAACGGAUUGGAACUCGGAUGCAACACGGGAACAUCAACAACAUCAAGCAAAUUAUCGGAUACACAAAUUCUUCAGGAACUCCGUACCAAUCCACUGUUCACGAAAGCAAAACAAUAUCUUGAAAUCGAACCAGGCUCCAACGGUCGUCGAUCUGGACGUCGUUUGAAUGAAUCAGCCCCGUAUUUACGAUUGGAAACAUGCUCGAAGGGAGUUUCAUCCGACCCUCAGGACGAUGAUUCUGGUCGAAAAUCCUUUCUCAUGUGCUCUGCUGAUGUCAAUUUUACGAUCGAAGCUCCAUCGAAAUCAAAUAAUUGCACAAAAAAUGAAAUAAAACGCAUUAAUUCCCGGACAUUCACUAAAUCCUUCUUACAAACUCAAUGUCGACAAUCAGAACUCGAAGUUAUUUUCCAAAAACGUGCUCAGCGAAGUGAACAAAAUCUAACUUAA